CCGGCGCUCCGUGCCCGCCGAGGGGCCGCGCUCCGCGGCGCUGCCGCCGCCAGGGCCCGUCCCGCCGCCCCCGGCCCUGCCCGGCCAUGGGCGCCGGGGCAGCCGCGGCCGGGACGCCGCCCCCCGCGGGCGGGCGCUGCCGGCGGCGCGGAGCGGCGAGCGCGGGCUGAGACGACGACGACGAGAAGGAGGAGGAGGCAGAUGCGUUACUGUGCCUGUGGAGACUUCGUUGCUUCGCCUCAGCCCUAUGUGACUCUGGGGGAAGGAUCAUGACCGAAGUCCUUCUCUCUGCUGCUCUGAACGGAACUGAACCCAACCUGUUAUCCGGCUGGUCCGCGGGGAACGUCACCACCAAGUGCUCCCUGACCAAAACCGGCUUCCAGUUCUAUUACCUGCCCACCGUCUACAUUCUGGUCUUCAUCACCGGGUUUUUGGGCAACAGUGUGGCUAUCUGGAUGUUUGUCUUCCACAUGAGGCCUUGGAGCGGCAUCUCGGUUUACAUGUUCAACUUGGCACUGGCCGAUUUCCUGUAUGUCCUGACUCUGCCCGCCCUCAUCUUUUACUACUUCAACAAAACGGACUGGAUCUUCGGAGAUAUCAUGUGCAAGCUGCAGAGGUUCAUCUUCCACGUGAACCUGUACGGCAGCAUCCUGUUCCUGAUGUGCAUCAGCGUGCACAGGUACACGGGAGUGGUGCACCCCCUGAAGUCCCUGGGGAGGCUGAAGAAGAAGAACGCGGUGUACAUCAGCAGCCUGGUCUGGGUGCUCGUGGUGGGUGCCAUUUCUCCCAUUCUCUUCUACUCGAGAACAGGGAUAAGGAAAAACAAAACCACGACGUGCUACGACACAACGGCCGAUGAUUACCUGAGAAGCUAUUUCAUUUACAGCAUGUGCACCACGGUGCUGAUGUUCUGCAUCCCCUUCAUAGUGAUUCUUGGUUGCUAUGGGCUCAUCGUGAAAGCUUUGAUUUACAAAGAUUUGGACAAUUCUCCUCUCAGGAGAAAAUCGAUUUACCUGGUCAUUAUUGUGUUGACGGUCUUUGCAGUGUCUUACCUUCCCUUCCAUGUGAUGAAGACCUUAAAUCUAAGGGCCAGGGUGGAUUUCCAGACCCCGGAUAUGUGUGCCUUCAAUGAUAAGGUUUAUGCCACGUACCAAGUGACGAGGGGCCUGGCCAGCCUCAACAGCUGCGUCGACCCCAUCCUUUACUUCCUGGCAGGUGACACCUUCCGAAGGCGGCUUUCCAGGGCCACCAGGAAAUCAUCCAGAAGGAGCGAACACAAUGUGCAGUCCAAAAGUGAGGAAAUGACUCUCAAUAUUUUAACAGAGUAUAAACAGAACGGAGACACCAGUUUGUGAACAAAUGCAGGAGAUUUGGGAACAGUUUGGAAAAAAUCCUCCGCUUUGAGGCAGUAGGAGACUGAAGGGCUUACAAGUGUGUGAGGAAAAUCUACCAGUCUCAAAUUGUUUUUAGUUAAAGCCUCAUUUUCUGGUCUUAGGAAAAGCUUAACAAAGUCAGUGGAAGAAUUUUAAUGGAAAAUAAUGUGUCAAAAUCCAGCUUUCCUUCAGUAGUUUCAUUUAAUUCUGACUUGUGUCAGAUGAAGUAAAAUGAAGUAAAUCCCCUAAAGGAGGAGAGCAAUCAAGUGCAUCUGGUUUAAUGACUUAGUCUCCCACAUUUGAAAAUGUUCUCAGUCAGCCUGUCUUUAGAAAUAGGAAAUAAAAAUAAGAGCAGUGUCUUGUUUUCUGAGGCUCAGUCACAGACCAGGCUUUCUGCUCUGUCGCUGUUGUACGCAAGGAUCUAAAUCAGAGUCAUGAUGCAGUUGUCAUUUUCAGUUCUGUUAUUUUUUCAUCUACUUCUAGUGCUGAUACCUACUUGAUAGUCUGGUGGCAUUUAUGGUUCAGUCCUCUUUCAGUGCCGGUGUUCUAGUCGAGGUAGGCUUUGCUGGUGUGUGCAUGGUCGUGCUUUGGGGUUGCGGUGGUUGUUGGCAGCAGGCCUGGCCCCGGGCGCCCAGGGCUGGAGGUGUCCCCGGCGCUGCGGGCACUGCCGGGCGCGGGGCUGUGCCUCGGCGGCUCCGUGCUGUCCCCGUGCCCAGGGCAGCGGUGCCGGCCCAGGGACAGGCCCGGCGUGGCCUGGCUGGCCGGGGAGCGCCGGCAGAGCCGCCCGGCCUGAGGCCGCUGGCAUGGGCUGGCACUGGCCGGCGUGGGCCGGCAUGGGCUGGCAAUGGCUGGCACCGGCUGGCAAUG